AUGAUUGAAAUCAAACCCUUCAUCAGAGUGGCAACUUUGCUUCAUGUGUCGGUGAUGACAUGUCUCCUGUCAGUGGUCCUCUCCCAGUCCAUUUAUUCCUCACCCAAGAAAGGAGGCAACAUCACUAUCCACUCCUCCAAUCUGGUUUGUAGCCUGCCUGGUCCGGCGGGGCCUGCGGGGAAUCCAGGAGCUCCGGGGUCACCUGGGGUAAUUGGGCCAAUGGGGACGCCUGGGAAGGAUGGUCCAGAUGGGCAGGAUGGAGACAAGGGAGAAAAGGGAGAUGGAGGUGAUCAAGGUAGGCUCGGAAAUCCAGGCAAACCGGGAUUAAAAGGUCGCGUGGGCCUCAUUGGCAAGGCGGGACCUCGGGGACUAAAGGGCCAGCGGGGGUCGCCGGGGCAAGCUGGAGAAAGGGGGCAGAAAGGAGACGAAGGGGACCUAGGUCAGAGAGGAGAACCGGGAGGCUGCAAUUGCGGCACCGCCGCCCGCUCAGCUUUCUCGGUGGCCGUGUCAAAGAGUUACCCCAAAGAACGCACGCCUAUCCGCUUCAGCCGCAUCUUGCUCAAUGAGGGCAACCACUACAAUGCAAGCAGUGGGAAGUUUGUGUGCGCCAUCCCUGGGGUGUAUUACUUCACCUAUGACAUCACGGUGGCUAACAAGCACUUAGCCAUCGGACUGGUGCACAACGGACAGUACAAGAUUAAGACGUUUGACGCAAACACGGGGAACCAUGACGUGGCAUCCGGUUCCACUGUCCUCCAUCUGCAGCAUCUAGAUCAGGUCUGGUUGCAGAUCUUCUACUCAGAGCAGAAUGGACUCUUCUUUGACCCUUUCUGGACUGACAGCACCUUCACAGGCUUCCUCAUCUAUGCUGAUCAGACUGAUACGUGA